UCGAAAGCUGUCGACUUUGCUGAGAGGACGAUCGAACAUCAAAGAUAACUUCAUAGUUGCGACAGUAUCCAGCCGGCCGGUAGGCAGCUCUGUCUUCAUCUGUAAGAUGACGACUGCCUCUGCGGGAACAGAAACAACGGGAAUUGGAUCGCUGACCACCACACCAAGGCCUUUGCUACACACGGAAGCUUCCGAAACGCCACCACGUCUCGAUCGUGUUGGCGGAGACGGGGUCCCGACUGCGUGCUCCGCUGCGGCGAAAACGCCCUGCGGGUUCGUGCCAGACCCGAAUUUCACGAGUCCCCGGGUCGCGAGCCAUUCUGUUUCUACGUCUAUCCUACGUAGGGCUGGUACAAAAGAUACCCUAGGCGCCACGUUCCCGGUGCCAGCACGGCACACCCCCCACCACCACGACCCUUUCGCCACUCCGAACACUGGUACUAGUACUAUCGCUGCUGCUGCCAAUGAACCAGACAAGGAAAAGGGCGAUGAUGGCAUAAUCGAUGAAUCAUCCAGAUUUGUGGUCACUGUUAGCGCUAAUCGCGACAGCUCGGACAACGACUCCACUGGUAACCGCGGAGAAACUACCAGCAAUUACAACGAGAGCAUCACCAACUACGGGACGGAGCGACAACCGCUUAUCUCUACCAACAGCACGGAAUCUCCAAUCCAAACCACAGCUAAUACACCUUUCACCAGUGCAAACUCGUCUGCAUCUACAGUUGCAGAGUUAGUUCUACCGGCAAGCACCUAUUUCAGCGCCCACGUCGCCGCCAACAUUCACAAGGAACUUCGGAGCAGUGUUGGCGUUCAACAGAGCAGUAGACACAACGGGAUCCUAUCAAUCUCUUUCGAUAGCAAGAAUCCUUCGGAAAGGGUAUCAACCACCGUAGUACCGCGUUGUACUGGACCGGGAGGCCACGAUCCUUCCAGCGUCGUAAUGUCUAUUCACAAUCAAUCAUCUCCGAACGCGUCCUCGAGAGGCAAGAAGCGGCGGCCCUGCGGAACUACCGAGGGUCAAACAUCAGGUCGCUGGACAGAUCAAGAACACCAGACCUUUUUGAUGGGUCUAGCCAAGUACGGACGGGAAUGGAAAAAGGUAGCUUCGCACAUUCCGUCCCGGUCUUCCGCGCAAGUUCGUUCGCACGCACAAAAGUAUUUUGCCAAGUUACAGCGCGAAGAAGAAGAAUUCAUGCAAGCUCAAGAACAGCAGCAGCAUCAACAACAACACGGGCAUCCGGACGAAAAUGUGCCAAACAUGCUAGACGAAACAACCGUCACCACCUCUAUCACUGGAUCUGGAUCGGAGGCCGCUUCAUUAUCUCAAGUGCUGCUCUCCGCUAACGUCCAGGCCAAUGUGGAACGAAUUCUUGCCAAGCCCGACACUGUUCAAGCCGAAGUUCAAGCUACCUUGGAACGUCUACGUCGUCGGUAUCAUGCACUUCAACGGCGUUUAGAACGAACCGAAAAUCACAAUGCCGUACUGAACAAGCACGCAGCCAUUCAAGAUUACAAUAGUACCACCGAUGACCACGAGGAUGAUGUUUCUCGCGAAAGCAGUACACUCAGCAGUUUGCAAAAUGAAGAGCUGAUUGCGGUUUCCGUUUUGCACGCGUCGUUGCCCCGCGGCGAUCCAACUUCAUCGGAACACACCUACAGCAAAUACCAUUACGAACCGCCUGGAUCGCUGUCGUCUUGCUCGGACACCUCCAAACGAGCACGGUUUGAAUAAGCGUGCAAACCAAGGCUUUUCCAUCGAGUUUAACCCCAGCGAAAGUCAUCCGUACCACGACCAGUCCAACACCAUACAACAAUUUUACCCUUUCUUGAACAAAUCUUCUCACACACAUGACGUGUAAAUAUCACAUCGCACGACGAAGACCAAUAUCCGACCGGGAUAACUCUUCUGUCAUGCUCACAGUCAAUCGUCUUUGUACUCCCACGCUGCACCAUAUUCCAAUUCCGUGUACCACUCAACUUUUCUCAUCUAGAUCAAUAACAACACUCUGUUGUCGGACAAAUUAGCCAUUAAUCAGUACCAUAUAGUAUUCCACUAAUCAUGAU